ACCAUAAAUUCACAAAAAGCAAAGGGAACCCCCCCUUCUUUAACUGAAUUCAUCUACUACUUUCUUUUCAGUAUUUGUGCUCUAAAAGCAUCCCAUGUGAGCCUAAUUACCCUUCAUAUAGAUAACAAACAACUCUAUCUCUUUUCCUCUUCUAACCAUGGCCAAAGCUACCAUUAAUCCAAGAAACCCUACCAAAGAAAUCCACAAAACAAGAAGAAGUCAACCCCCACAAAGAGAAAAACAACAACAACAACAACAACCAUCUUCAUCUUCAUCUUCAUCUUCGUCUUCGUCUUCGUCUUCGUCUUCAUGGGUAGUAAUGAAAAACAUCCUAACUUGCAAACACAUGGAAGUACAACAACAAUCUCAACAACAACCAACAAAAAACAAACAACAAAAACAACCCACAAACCUAUCAAUUAUAGAAGAUAACAAUAACAUCAAAUCAAAGAACAAGAAAAUGAGAUGUUCUGGGUCACUUUGCAACAACACAAAAGUUAUGCAAAGACCUGAACUUUCCUCCCCUGAAACCCACCAAAGAAAAAUUAGGAGACCUGCCAUUGCUACAUCUUCUAGUAGCAGCAGCCAUGAAGAGUCAAAUAGGUCUAUUAAAUCUAGUGUAUUGAGUGAGCUUAGUAACAAUAGUAAUACCAGUAAUGAGAUUUUACAGAAAUCAUGUUCUUCUAACACUAAUAGUAGUGCUAACUAUUCGAUUAAAGGGAUUCCAUUUAGAAGACUUUCAGGGUGUUAUGAGUGCAGAAUGGUGGUUGAUCCUGUUUUGUCUUUCACAAGAGACCCUUCUCUUAGAGCUACUAUUUGCUCUUGCUCUCAUUGUGGUGAAAUUUUCAUGAAACCUGAGAAUUUGGAGCUUCAUCAAGCUGUUAGGCAUGCUGUAUCUGAGCUCGGUCCAGAAGAUACAAGUAAGAACAUAGUAGAGAUCAUAUUCCAAUCAAGCUGGUUAAAGAAGCAAAGUCCAGUAUGCAAAAUUGACAGAAUUCUGAAAGUGCAAAACACCCAGAAAACUGUAAGCAAAUUUGAGGACUAUAGAGAUUCAAUUAAGUUUAAAGCUUCAAGGCUACCUAAAAAGCAUCCUAGGUGCAUUGCUGAUGGAAAUGAGCUUUUAAGGUUUCAUUGUACAACAUUUAAGUGUUCUUUAGGCCUAAAUGGCUCAUCAAACCUAUGUAAUUCUAUACCAAAUUGUAAUGUUUGUAGCAUUAUUAAAAAUGGGUUUAAGGUUGUUGAUGGUGGGCCUACUGGAAAAGGUAUAUUGACCACUGCAUCUAGUGGGCGGGCCCAUGAUCAGGCUGAGGUUGGCAUGGAGGAGAAUGAGAAUAGGGCAAUGUUGGUUUGUCGGGUUAUUGCGGGUCGAGUCAGGAAGAGUCUUGAAGGAGGCGGGUCGUCAGAAGAGUAUGACUCGGUCGCUGGAGCGAGUGGAGUUUAUUCAAAUUUGGAUGAGUUGUAUGUUUUUAACCCCAAGGCUAUAUUGCCUUGUUUUGUUGUUAUCUAUAGGGGUUUUUAGAUGUUUUGGCCUAUUUUAGUGUAGAAUAUUUCUAUUUUGCUUUGGUUCUUGUAUAUCUUCAAACUUGAGCUUUGGGUAGGGCAACGUUUUAAUUACAUUUUGUACUAUAUAUCAAUAUAUGCAUGGAAGUGGUAGUCCUUGUUUAGAAAAUCAAAGCAGUUAGUUUGGAUGUCCUUUUACCAAGGAUAACAUUAUUCAAAUUUGACCUUACUAAGUCUUAGGAAAAUCGGAAAAAAAAAAAAAAAAAAAUUACAAUCGAAAUGCCUUAAUAAUGAAUGAUAUUGUUUUUGUUAUUGUAAUCGGCAAGGCCCAGCCUAUGAGGGUUACAUCAGCUAAACCUUACUAAGUCUGCACUUCCUCAAUAGAUAUUUGCUCACCUUCAUGGACUAAGAAGUCAUCUAAAAGGUCUCAAUACACAUAACCACCAUACAACACUAUCAAAAAAUCCCCUCAACCGACUAUCCAAAAUUGUUAGAAAUCAGUCUGUAGAGGCCUAUAUCAACUAAAUUCGGGCUAUUUUAAACUAUUGUAAUAAAUUUAGUUAGUAUUUCAUUUUAGUAGGAAAUUAGUCGUUUUAUAUAUUGUAAUAUUAGUAUAUUAUUCGUGCAUUAUU